UGAAGAUUUAACACAGUGCAGAGCAGAGCUGGCAGUCACAGUUGUGCCCUGGAUUGUAGCAGAGAGAGAGAGCAGCCCUCCUGCAGCCUGUUAGCCCACCACCAUGGAUGUCAAACUGCUGGCACUGAUGGCUCUGCUGGCCGUGGCCACACAUGUACCAACCUCCAACGCAAAGCCCAUCAGUCUGGUAGAGCGGUGCUAUUGUCGUUCAACCCUCAACACAGUUCCUCAGCGCUCCAUCAAAGAGCUCAAGUUCCUCCACACACCCAACUGCCCCUUCCAAGUCAUUGCCAAGCUAAAGAACAACAGGGAGGUUUGCAUCAACCCGGAGACCAAGUGGCUGCAGCAGUACUUAAAGAACGCCAUUAACAAGGUGAAGAAAUCUAGAAGACGCAAUAACAAGAAAAUCUAAACAAAAAGGGAAGACAUGUAUGUCGUCAGGCCUAGCAUCCUCGGCACGGGUUGAACCUGUAUACCUCCCUGUCACUGCUAUGGAUGUAUGUAAACAAGCUGUAUGUACCUGUCCACCAGUCUGGACCGCUUGCAGAACCAGCACUUCACCGCCAAACCGUGCCGUCCCCAGCACCGCCACCAAACCCUCUGUACACCCACGCAGUCACCUCCAACUCUCCAUGUUAGCACCAGGUGCAAUUAUACCUUGAAAUGAUGGAACACAUGCUAAUGUCAGAUAUAUGUGUAUGAGUUAUGGGCACGUGUGUGUGUGUGUGUGUGUGUGUGUGUGUGUGUGUGUGUGUGUGUGUGUGUGUGUGUGUGUGUGUGUGUGUGUGUGUGUGUGUGUGAAUGGAAAAAUAUUCACAUCAUUCUCCUGUAAGGAAAUUAGGAUUGGGAUUUUGUUGGCUGGUCAUGUCUUAUAUAUUAAUUGUGGUUUUGCAAACUGAAGAGGUGUGAACCAAGUCAUUUAUUAUCACAGUAAUAUCUCCAUGUAUACUAUUUUUAAAAGGAGUGACUACUCUUAUUUCAACAUACUACUACUAAAAUAGAUUUGGGAUGGAGAUGUUACGGACUUAAAUGUAAACAUUUUGCUCUGGUAAGAAGUGAAAGUGGCAUUACUCCAUGACUGAGGGGUCAUGGGGCAGUAACAGAGGCUGGCCAAUGGUGUUAACCCUUCACAAGCAGUUACCAAUCAGGGCAGGCCAUGCUACAGCAGUAUCUUGAAUUGUCUUUAAGUCGCUCCACCAGCUGGAACAAACAGAUGGAAGUUCACACACACUGCUAAGAAACCAGCGCUGAUUUUGUGGUGCUACAUAUUUAGUAUAAGUGGUCAGAGCCAUUGACAUAAUUAUACUUCACUGUUUAUUGUAUGCAAGAUUUAAGAAGGGAUGAUGUGACCUCUAUGUCUUAUAUGAAACACAAUUAUGUUUUUUUUACCAGUCACAAAAUAUUUAAAGCGCUGUUGUUAGUCUGAUAUGAAAAAUGAAAAUAGAAAGCUGAUGUUAUACUAAGGCCUUGAUAUAUACAGUACUAUAAAGAAAUGAAACACUUACUGUAUCAAAGCAGCUGUUUUUGUUGAUUUAACAUAUCAGUAAACAGAGACCAAAUAUUAAAACAGUAAAACAUGCUACAUGAAGAAACCUGUGAACCUCAAAAAGCAUGACUUUCGAUUUCAUUCAUUGUUAGAAAAACGUAGAUCGUCAUAAUUUUUAAUCUUUUACACCUUAUCAAAGGAUGCUAUAGGUAAAUGAAAACAGAGCAAUUUCACCUGCAGUAUUUUCAUGCCAACACCUGUCCUUGGUAGGAAUGAAAAGCUAAUAAAUUGUCACAUAAAACAGCAAAACGAUAAAUAUCACAAAGGGAAUGUUCACGGUGGCAAAAAGAAAUUUGUUUGAUUAUACUUUUUUAUAUAUAUUUGAGCCACUUUAUUAUCAGAUGUGUCUUUUAAAUGUUAUUGUUUUAUUUUUAUAUUGUGUAUAAUCUUACUAAAUGCUUUUUUUAAUGCAAUGUACAGUAGGCAGUAGCUACUAAAUGAAGGCUAUAACCUUAAAUUGCGAGAAACAGUAUUAAGCUUCAUUUUUAAGGUUUCAUGCAAUAUUUUACAGAUAUGUAAUGGUAUGCAACACUUAGAUACAAUUGUUCAUAUUAUUUUUUUUUUUACAAUGUGGAUGAAAAAAUUAAGCCAAACAAAUCAAAUAUCGUCCUCCUGGUUUGUUGUUUUCUCCGUACUGUCUCCUUAUCAACCCAUCUGAAAUGUAACAACGGUGAACUGUAUGAAAUCUGUUAAGUUCAACACACAGUGAUUGAAAACAAAAGUUGCUGUCAUUGGGUUACAUGAGUCAGAAAACUAUUCAGCCCACAGGUCGUCCCCAUCGAACACUUGAUUCAAUUUUUAAUAGUUUUACUGAGGUUGAUGUAUUAUGUGUCAACAGAGCCGCCAAAACAGAACAAUACCUUUAAAUUGAGAUCCAAGCGACCAACAUGUGCUUUCAAUCUGGACACUCCCAGCACCCCACGGGCUUUUCUUUUCACUUUCACUUAACUGCUGCCAUGCAACACUUUCUUUUUUUCCCUAAAAUUGAAAUGCACGUUGUGUUUGGUUGCGGUCAUUUCUUUGGUUUAUGUUUUGUUUUGUUUUGUUUUACACGGUCUAUUUGCUGAGUGCCUGAUCACAGUCGAUACUCAUAUCAAUUUGGAGCUAAUGGUGCAAUAAUCCUGUAAGUGUAAUUCACUUCCCAUUAAUGUAAUAGAAGUUAAUGGACAUUCAUUUUAUAUGAUUAUACUCAUUUGUUUGAACACAUUGCUAAAUAUAAAAUGUUCCUGUUUUCAAAUGCACUGACAUGCAACGACAAAAGUCUCCUUUCAUUCAUUACAACACCACCAUCCAUUCCCAAAUUACUUUAUUAACUAUAGAGUUACAUCGAAGAAGAUUGUGUUACUUCUGUAAACUUCAACCUUUCCCAUGUGUAAUGUGAUAAUUAUCUCAAUAACACGAAAAAGAUUUUGCAUUACAUGUGGAAAACUUUUAUUAACCGCACUGUUUCAUGACUGAUUCAUGUUAAUGAGAUACAUAUGUAACAAAAGGUAAUUAGUUUUAUUAAUCAGACUUUAAGUGCUUUUAUGUUUAGUCCUGUGGCCCCUGUGGAAACAUUUAACCCUUGCAGUGUUACUGCCACUGUCAUUGCAGAGAAUAUUUAGUGUAAUUAAAUUGUGUCUAGACUCCUUUAUCUUUGUGCAAAUAGAGCUUUUACAGAAAUAUUUUAUGUGUAUUAUUUGGAACAAAUACACAUUCAGGUUCACAUGUAUCUCCACUAGUGUGUUUAUAAUCAAAGUAUGUUGUACUUGUGCCGAGACAAUGUGAAACAUUUCUUUUGAGGCAGCUUCUGACACAUAUCCUUCAUACACGUAAAAACGUAAAGUAUUAUUCUCUGUAUUGUCACUGUUUUCAAACCAAGAGGCAGUAUUUUAGGUAUGAUACACAAUCCCUUUUUCAAUAAACUCAUAUUAAAUUAAACCA